CAUAUGUGGGAGGCCACACUGUGCAAGAAGCCUUGCCUUUACCCACACCCUCAUUUGCCAGGUUCAACCUCCUGGAGGCUCCUCUGUAACUCUUUGCUUCCCUGAGGACAGCAGGAUGCUUUGUCAGGAGGUCCUAUGAGGCCAGGACUCUGGCCUGGAAAGGGAAGUAGUGUUUUCCACAGGACUCCUGGGCCAGAGCCAGUGGGGCAAAAAAGGCACAAGGCUGGCAUCAGACAUUUCCUGGCCGUUCCUGGCAUGCAGCCCUGAUCCUGGGCCUGACUGCCAGCUUUGGUCUGGGCUGGUAUAGGUGACAAGUAGUUGGCCACUCACACUGAGCUGGCUGGGCACAGUGCUGCAGGGUGAGAGGGGCCCCUUAGGGGCCUCAAGCUGGAGGGCUGAGGGUGUUAGCCAAUCAUCUGUCCAUGGCAGGCAGACUUGGUUGGCCACCAGGGCUGGGUAAGUUUGGGCCACCCUCUCCUUGCUGGGCACCAACCUUGUCAACCCCAUGUCUCCUGGGCCCUCCCUCCCUCUAGCAUCUGUUGUUAGAGGGCUGGUGUCCUUAGCCGCGUUGGGGAAGGGCCAGGGGCUGGCUGCUGGUUAAAUUUAGUGAGUGGGGUGGUAUAGCUGCUGAAGGUCCACCUGCUACUACAGCUGCCACAUGGGCCCUGCUGCCAGGGGGCGGGCAGUGGCUAGCUCUGCCUGAGGCUGGGUCCAUAAAGACCUGUCCUCUGGCCUGUGAGCCGGAGGUCAUUGUGGCAGUAGAGAAGAGAGGUCUAAGGUGAGAGAAAUGUGUGUUUGUGAGUGUGAAUCCUACCCAGCGUUCCUGGUGGCUUCUCUGAGUCUGCAGAAGCAGAAGAGCAAGGCUACCCUUGGGUCUGACCAGCUGCCAACUGCUGAACUCAGCGGGCUGGUUCCCUGACCCUUGGUCACAUAGGCCUUGAUGCCAGCCAGCAUGGAGGCCUGGGUGGGCCAAUUCUGAGCAUGGCCUAUCGCGGUCCCUUCCGGGCCUGUGGGGGUGGGGCUGUGAGAGCCUAUAGAGGCUCAUUUCUUUUUCUUUCCACCAAUCAGGAGCAAGAGGGGAGGAGAGUUAGAUUACCCUAGGCCUUGGGUGUGGCUCCAAGGACAACCCCAGGCUGACCUGUGGAAGGGCAUGAGGGCAGGUCAGAGCAGCCCAGGGCGAGGUGUCCGAGGGUCCAGGAUAUGGCUUGCCCCAUAUCCAGCCUUCUCCCCCUCCCCCUUGCAUCUUGCGGUGUUGAUUAGGGGCCAAGGUCCAACCGCAGUGCUUUUGCAGCCUCCAGGCCAUGACCACUGGCUAGUGGAACCCAGUGGGAGCCCAUCCCCCACCCAUUCCAAAGGCCUGGCCCAGUUACCAAGGUGACAGGUCUGCUGGCCCAAGUAAAGAUGGGGUUGCUGAGAAGGGUAGGUCUCAGCAGCGCCCUGCUAGAGUAAAUCCGCAGCGGCCCUUGGCUCCGGUCUCACCUUUGGUGUCACACUGGUCAUCCCUGCUUAGCUCUGCCAACCCCUCAAGUCCACUAGGCCCGGGUGCUGAGCCCUUCCCUCCCCCAGUACCUGGUGCGUCUGUCCUUACCCCCCGCCUGGGUCUCCUGCUCCCUGUCAUGGGGACACUGGGCCUUGCCCCAAGUCCCGCCUGCCACCUCACCCACUCCCUCUGGCUCCCUGGGGCAGAACUGUGCCCAGACUGGGGCGGGGCCCAGGCAGCUCUAGCUCCUCAGUGCUUUCUGUCCCUUUCAGUGGGGCCAACAGCCUGCAGUGAAGAAGGUGCCCUCUACUCAGGCUCUCCUGUCUAGCCCUGAUUCCAUGAUCCUGGGUUCUGCUGUCCCCACCCUCGUUUCUGGACCUGCUGCCUCCUGAGCCACUUUCCUACCUGGUCUGAGCAGAGUCAUGGCCUUGCGAGCAGGUGACAAGAGCCAGGCAGCAAGGAAUGGGCUGAAGGAGAAGGUGCUGACACUGGACACCAUGAACCCAUGUGUUCGGAGAGUGGAAUAUGCAGUUCGGGGCCCCAUAGUGCUUCGCGCACUGGAGUUGGAACAGGAGCUACGCCAGGGUGUGAAGAAACCUUUUACUGAGGUCAUCCGUGCCAACAUUGGGGAUGCACAGGCCAUGGGGCAGAGGCCCAUCACCUUCCUGCGCCAGGUCCUGGCCCUCUGCGUCUACCCGGAUCUCCUGAGCAGUCCUGACUUCCCAGAGGAUGCCAAGAGAAGGGCCCAGCGCAUACUGCAGGCAUGUGGGGGCCACAGCCUGGGGGCCUAUAGCAUCAGCUCUGGCAUCCAGCUGAUCCGCGAGGAUGUGGCGCACUACAUUGAGAGCCGCGACGGCGGCAUCCCAGCAGACCCCAACAACAUCUUCCUGUCCACCGGGGCCAGCAGUGCCAUUGUGACCGUGCUGAAGCUGCUGGUGGCCGGCGAGGGCCGCACGCGUACCGGAGUGCUCAUCCCCAUCCCCCAGUACCCGCUCUACUCGGCCACGCUGGCUGAGUUGGAUGCCGUGCAGGUGGACUACUACCUGGAUGAAGAGCACGCCUGGGCACUGGACGUGGCUGAACUGCGGCGUGCGCUGCGCCAGGCACGUGACCACUGCCGCCCGCGAGUGCUCUGUGUCAUCAACCCGGGCAAUCCCACUGGGCAGGUGCAGACCCGGGAGUGCAUCGAGGCAGUGAUCCGCUUCGCCUUUGAAGAGGGGCUUUUUCUGAUGGCUGACGAGGUCUACCAGGACAAUGUGUACGCCGAGGGCUCUCACUUCCACUCAUUUAAGAAGGUGCUCACGGAGAUGGGCUCGCCGUACGCAGAGCAGCAGGAGCUCGCUUCCUUCCACUCAGUCUCCAAGGGCUACAUGGGCGAGUGUGGGUUCCGUGGCGGCUACGUAGAGGUGGUAAACAUGGACCCUGAGGUGCAGCGGCAGAUGUUAAAACUGAUGAGCGUGCGGCUGUGCCCGCCAGUGCCCGGCCAGGCCCUGAUGGACAUGGUGGUCAACCCACCUGCGCCCUCUGACCCCUCCUUCGCGCAGUUUCAGGCGGAGAGGCAGGAAGUGCUGGCUGAGCUGGCUGCCAAAGCCAAGCUCACCGAGCAGGUCUUCAAUGAGGCUCCGGGGAUCCACUGUAACCCAGUGCAGGGCGCUAUGUACUCCUUCCCACGCGUGCAGCUGCCUCCAGGCGCAGUACAUCGUGCUCAGGAGCUUGGUGUGGCCCCGGAUAUGUUCUUCUGCAUGCGCCUUCUGGAGGAGACCGGCAUCUGUGUGGUGCCCGGGAGUGGCUUUGGACAACGAGAAGGCACCUACCACUUCCGAAUGACCAUUCUGCCCCCGAUGGAGAAGCUGCGGGUGCUGUUGGAGAAGCUGCGCCGUUUCCAUGCCAAGUUCACCCUCGAGUAUUCCUAAGGCAGCUCCAGGAGCCAAGCUGGGCCACUGCAGACUGACUGUGCCCAGGGACCUAGAGGUCUCUGGAGCCCUUGGGAGUUACUGCUGCCCCCAUGAGGGACUGAAUGCCUGCUUUUGCAGCUCUCAAAUAAAGCCGGGUGCCAGUCUGACUCGA